CCCGGGGCGCGGGCAGGGGCACGGCGGGAGGCGCCCGCGCUGCCUUUUUGUCUUUCUUCCUUUUUUCCUUCCUUUUUUCCUUUCUUUGUUGAUGUCUUUCUUUUUACUUUCUUUCUUUAUUUCUUUUUUUUUUUUUUUUCUUUCUCUCCUCCCUUCCAACUUCGGUGCAUGGCAGUCCCUUCCCACCAAGCUACCCCUGGGGAGAAUCGCUCCCUCCAGCCAUGACGGGAGCAGCGUCCACAUUUCCUCCCAGGGAUGGCUUGGACAUGCUGGCGUAGUGAAGUGCUGUCUGCAAUGCUGCAUCCCGGUGCUACUUCAUUUGGCAAAGAAAAAGACAAGGAGAAGAAGCUGGAUGAUGACAGCACCGGUGCUACAGUUCCCCAGUCAGCUUUCUUGGGUCCAACAUUAUGGGACAAGACACUGCCAUAUGAUGGAGAUACUUUCCAGUUGGAAUACAUGGACCUGGAAGAAUUUCUUUCAGAAAAUGGUAUUCCACCCAGCCCGUCCCAGCAUGACCAUAGCCCGCACCAGCCAGGUCUCCAGCAAGCUACCUCAGCAACCCCCUCUGUCAUGGACCUCAGCAGCAGGGCAUCUACAUCUGUCCAUCCGGGCAUGGUGUCUCAGAACUGCAUGCAGAGCCCAGUCAGACCAGGUCAGAUCUUGCCAACAAAUCGUAACACACCAAGCCCCAUUGACCCCGAGACUAUCCAGGUUCCUGUAGGCUACGAACCUGACCCUGCAGAUCUUGCCCUUUCCAGCAUCCCUGGCCAGGAGAUGUUUGACCCUCGUAAACGCAAGUUCUCUGAAGAAGAGCUCAAACCGCAGCCAAUGAUUAAGAAAGCCCGCAAAGUCUUCAUUCCAGAUGAUCUGAAGCAGGAUGACAAAUACUGGGCAAGGCGUAGAAAGAACAACAUGGCUGCCAAGCGGUCGAGAGAUGCCCGGCGGCUGAAGGAAAACCAGAUUGCCAUCCGCGCCUCGUUCCUGGAGAAGGAGAACUCCGCCCUCCGCCAAGAGGUGGCCGACCUACGGAAAGAGCUGGGCAAAUGCAAGAACGCGCUGGCGAAGUACGAGGCUCGGCACGGCCCCCUGUAAACGCCGGGUUGCUAUAUUUUUUUUUCACCUCCUCCUUUUUUUGUUGUGGGUUGGCAUUUGCCUAGAUGGACAAUGUGUUUCCUGUUUGAUAGCACCACGCCCAAGCCACCCUUUCUGUCAUCAGCACUUUACCAGAAGCAGAAACAAAACUGACGUACAUUAUUUUUCGUUUGCAUGCGCGCGCGCGCGUGUCUGCAUGUGCGCACGCACGUGUCGAUGUGUGCGUGCACAAGAGUGUGUGCGUAUCUCAGCACUUCCCAUUUCUAUGAAGCCCUUUUCAAAGGGUGCCACAUUUUUACCUGGACUGUUGAGAACUGCCAUAGUAAGCUUUUUACUCUAUUUUCUUUUUCCUUUUUUUUUCCCCCCCAGUGCUGCUUCAGAUUAGGAACUUUAUGUUAUUAUAACCAGUUCCAUCCUCCUGAUUUACUUGGAAAGAUCCCAGUAUAAAUAAAAAAAAAAAAAAAAAAAAAGGACAAAAAAAAAUAGAUCUCAGUUUUCAAGAGUAACAAGCUAUUGUUUAAACAUGUCUAAUCAGAAAAGUUAACAGGCUACUAAAGUGCACAAAAACAUAAUUUUACAACUACACUGCAGAAAUAUUAAUUUAUAGAUUGCUUUUGUUGUAUUUUAAGUUUUGGUGAUAAUUGUCUUCAGAUUUAAAGUGCUGUUAGACUGAGUUAGUUAUACCUACUAUCGCUCCAGUAAAGACUUACUGAUAUCUGUUAAGUUUCCUUUAAUUUCCACAAUCCCCAGAUAGAUAGGAAUAUAAUUAAUAGACCACAGAGUGUGUAUUUUGCACUACCUGUACCUAAAGCAAUAAUCCUAUUGUACGCUAGCGCAUGCUGCCUGGGUGUUCCUAGUGGACGUAGGAUGAUUUCCCUACCUAAUAAGAGUUUUUAGAUGUCUUUUAAAUUAAAACAAAAAAGAAAAUUAAAAAGAGACCCAUUGAUAAGAGCAUGCUAGAAGUAUCCCUGAAAAAGGGUUAUGGGGGAAAGAGAGAUGGAGAGAGGACAAUUAGUUGAAACAAGAACAAAAUUAAAAAGUAUCAAAUCAGAUUUGACCUUGGCAUUUUUUAGUUUCAGGUAAUUUUGAACUUCUCAGAGUUCCAUUUUGUGAUUAAAGACUUAAAUACAGGGUUUGUUUGGGGGUGGGGUUUCCCCAUUUUUUUGCAAUAUUUUCUGUGGAUUCUCGCUCACUGUUUUAAAAUACCUUUUAUUCAAUUAGAAGAGACUAUUUUGCAAACCCAACUUUCCUAGUGAUUGUCAUUUUGAAUGUGUCAUGAACUGAUGGUUCUGAACUUUAUUCUGUUGUUCUAGCUCUCUGUUUGCUUUUGAAAAUACGUUUUAUUACAAAGUGGACUUUUGAAAAUGAAUGUAAGAGACACUGGUGUAUUUCAGAAGGGGAUGGUGUUGUCAUAUACUGUGGUUAAUCCAAUCAAUUUAAAUGUUUACUAUAGACCAAAAGAAUAGAUAUUAUAAAAUGUAUAAAGUUUAUACAGAAUAAUUAUAGUAUGUUUUUGUACAGUAUUUUUCAAGUACAAAUACUGACAAUGUAUUUUGAAAGACAUAUAUUAUAUAUAGCAAAGAGAAAAGAAAAAAGCUAUUCCAUGUUUAAAAAAUAUAUAGCAAAGAUAUAUAUUCACCAGUAUUGUACAGAGAGGAAAUGCUUUAGUUGGUUUUUUUUUCCAUUUUUUUUUUUAACUUUAAUAUUUUAAGCCUGCCACUGACACAUCAGCAUGUUUUGCGCUUUAAAUUAAAUUUUUAUGAAAGUAAUAUGGCUUGCCAGGGUGCUUCAUAUUACUAAAA